UUGAGGUAUCUUUUCUUUUUUAGGACACGUCGCUCCAGAAAGUUAUGAGAGAGAGAGAAGAAGGAGACGAAUAUUGUUGAGCUUGAGACACGUUCUUUUUCUUUUACUAGAAGAAAAGAAAGAAAAAAGCUUUUCCCAGAAUCCCGAGUUGCCCAUUGGAGCAGUGAAAAUCCGAGCGUUUCAAUCGCUUUCCCACCACUGCUUCCCUUGGCUUUCUUUUUAUUUUCUUUUUUGUCACUUUUCUGGUGAGAAUCUGAUUCUAUCGAGGUGACAGAGGUGAGUUUACUCGUUCCUCUGUUAUUAUUUUACUCUAAUUUUUUUUGGAUUAUCUGCUAAGUGGAACUUCCUAAUUCCUAUUAUUAAACUUGGGAUUCGUGGCACAAACUCCAUCUGUCUUUUUUCUUUGUUCAAAAAAAUUCAAAAACAAAUGUGAGAGAGAGAGAGAGAGAGAGAGAGAGAGAGAGAGAAAAUUCCCCUGUUUUUUUCAAACAUUUAUGUUUUUCCGAAGAUUUUAUUCUUUAACAACUCUGUUUCACCACUUUCCGCAACAAGGAAAGCUACUUAAGAUUGUGAGCUGUAAGCCUGAAACCGACCUUGUCUCUUCCUCUAAACACUUCAACUUUCAACUGCGUUUACUUAGUCUUCACGUUCAAUCUUUUAAAACCAUUCUCUUCCUCUUUUUUCUUCUCUCUCCGUCUUCUCUCUCUGUCUUAUCUCUCUCAGCUCAAACAGAGUGCUAGUGUGAAAAUGGGCAGAGCAACAAGGUGGUUCAAGGGGUUGUUUGGAAUUAAGACCAAAGACAAAGAGUACAAAGCAAAUUCAAGUAGUGACUUCAAAGACACGAAAGGGUCAAGCUUUGGGAGAGAAGAUGCAACCCUACUGUGUCACAACCCAGCCACUAUACCUCCCAACAUAUCACCAUCUGAAGCAGCUUGGCUGAGAUCAUACUACAAUGAAACAGAGGAGGAGCAGAACAAGCACGCAAUUGCUGUGGCAGCUGCGACGGCCGCCGCUGCUGAUGCAGCAGUUGCUGCAGCUAACGCGGCCGUGGCGGUUGUCCGCCUCACCAGUCAUGGCAGAGGCACCAUGUUUGGUGGUGGAAGAGAAAGAUGGGCCGCUGUGAAAGUUCAAACUGUUUUUAGAGGCUAUUUGGCCCGAAAAGCACUUAGAGCUCUGAAAGGACUGGUGAAGUUGCAGGCGCUAGUUAGAGGGUAUUUAGUGAGGAAGCAGGCCACGGCAACUCUGCACAGUAUGCAAGCUCUCAUUAGAGCACAAGCCACAGUUCGUUCUCAUAAAACUCGGGGGCUCAUCAACACUACCACCAACAACAUUGAAGCCAAUAGCAGAUUUGAAAUCCGUGCACGAAAAUCCAUGGAGAGAUUUGAUGACACUGGGAGUGAGCACACAGCUCCAAGCCACAGCAGAAGGCUCUCUGCUUCUAAUUUGGACGCCAAUAUUGAUGAAAGUCCCAAGAUUGUGGAGGUUGAUACAGGCAGGCCUAAAUCUAGGUCACGCAGAACAAACACUUGUGUAUCUGAAUUCAGUGACGACCCAACUUACCAACAAGCACUGUCUUCUCCAAUCCCAUGUAGAGGACCUGCCCGGCUAUCGAUCCCCGAUAGCCGGAAUUUCCCAGAAUCCGACUGGGGACUAGCUGGAGAUGAAUGCAGAUUCGUUUCCACAGCACAAAGCACACCGCGGUUUGUGAAUUCAUGUGGGGCUAGUAAUUUGCCUGGCACACCUUCAAAGAGUGUUUGUGCUGACAAUUUUUUCAGAGGGUAUGCUCCAAAUUACAUGGCGAGCACUCAGUCUUUCAAGGCCAAGUUGAGGUCUCAUAGUGCUCCUAAGCAGAGGCCAGAUACAGGGCCAAAGAGGAGACUUUCACUUCAUGAAAUGUUGGAGUCAAGAAAUAGUCUAAGUGGGGUGAGGAUGCAGAGGUCUUGUUCACAAGCUCAGGAUGCCAUUAAUUUCAAGAAUGCUAUAAUGAGCAAGCUUGAUAGGUCCUCUGGAAUCUUGUAACUCAGAGCCAGAGAGGAACUAAGCUAGUUGCAAUAAUCAAGUUCAAGCUAAAAAAAACCUUGUUGGUUAAAGAAUGAAUAGGGGGAAGGGAAUAUACUAGAUAGAUGUGUUUGUAGAUUAUAAUUUACUGUUUAUUAUAGUGAGAUGUAAUCUCAUUUUAAUGUUGGCUUCUGAUAAAUUAUGAUGGGGUUAUUAUGUGUUAAUUA